AUGGCUGACGCUGUUAUCCCUCUUGUUAUUGAGAGACUUAGCAAUCUUCUGAUUGAAAAAAUUGGUUUUCUGAAAGGUGUUCGACAAAAAGUUGAAAGACUAAAAAAUGAUCUGGUCCAGAUGCAGUGUUUCCCGAAAGAUGCGGAUCAAAGGCAAGAUGAAGAUGAUGGGAUUCGCAACUGGCUCCAACGGCUUCGACGAACCUCUCUUUUCAACGAGGACAAGGAUAUAGUGGGUUUCGAGAAGAUAACACAAUCCCUGGUGGCAGAACUUUUGAAAGAGGACCAAAACCGCAGUGUGGUUUCAAUUGUUGGCAUGGGAGGUGCUGGUAAGACAACUCUAGCCAAAAAAGUUUAUAACCACGCUGAUGUCAGGACAAGAUUCAACUGCCGUGCUUGGGUCUGCAUCUCUUCCAGCUACAAUCACAAAGAGACGCUGAGAGCAAUCAUAAAGCAAUUGAAUCCGAUAACUAAUCAGCCACUUGAAAUGUUGGAAAGGAUGCAAGAGCAAGACUUGGAACAAAAGCUCCAUCAAGGUCUACAUGAUAAGCAUUAUCUUGUGGCACUUGAUGAUAUAUGGAAGGAAGAAGCAUUGCUACUUACAAGUCGUAGUAGGGAUGUUGCCAAACACGCAGAUGCUCUCAGCCACCCACAUGAGUUGGAAACUUUGGGGCAGUUGUUUCUCAGAAAGGCCUUAGGCCAUGGAGCUAAUGUUGGGUGUCCUCUGGACUUCGAAGAAGUAGGCCAAAAGAUUGCAAGGAGAUGUGCCGGUCCGCCACUGGCAAUAACAGUUAUAGGUGCCCUGCUCCUGGGCAAGAAGAAGUUGGAGAGUGAAUGGGAGAAAGUUCUCAACAACAUUAAUACAUACCUAUCAAGGAGCAAGAGUGGAGUAUCAGCAAUUCUGGAAUUGAAGGGAGUAAUGCAGAAAAGAGAUGCAGAAAAUUUAGAGGAAACUGCAGCAUAUUAUGUGGAACAACUUUUUAGCAGAAAUAUGGUUCAGGUUGCAGAGACAGCUGUUGAUGAGAGGAUUAAAAGAAAUAUGGUUCGGGUUGCAGAGACAGCUGUUGAUGAGAGGAUUAAAAGCUGUAGAGUCCAUGAUUUAUUGCGAGAACUUGCAAUCAGCAAGGCAAAGGAAGAAAAUUUUUUUCAGAUCCAUGAGAUCAGGGAUGGUGAAAUAUUAGCAGAAUCCAGUCUUAGCUUUGAAAGUUUCGGAAAGCUUAGUAUACUAGACCUUGAGAAUGUUAGGAUUAAUUCCGUGCCAGAAGAAAUUGGUGAAGUCAGGUUUCUGAGAGACCAAGAAGACUUGCGUGACAUGCAGGUGGAGAAAGCUGCACUGCCACAGCUCCAGUGCCUGAGAAUCAGGAACUGCCGCUCAUUACGCGUGUUGCCGGAAGAGCUGAAGCACGUAUCUACUCUUGAUAAGCUUGAGCUUGUGGACAUGUCAAAAGAUUUUGUCAGUAGGCGUGAUGCGGGGGUGGUAUCCAAUGUCCCUAAGCUCAAAAUAUUUUGA